UUUUCUCUGCAACAUCUCAUUUCCACCCCAAACCCUAAAUCUGCCCGCGCUUCUCUGCUCCCUACUGCCGACGCAGCCGCACGCAGUCACCGAGUCGAAGUCGCAACCAUGGGGCGUGUCCGUACCAAAACCGUGAAAAAGUCCUCACGUCAAGUUAUCGAAAGGUACUACUCUCGUAUGACACUCGACUUCCAUACGAACAAGAAGAUCCUAGAAGAAGUUGCUCUGAUCCCAACCAAGAGGCUCCGAAACAAGAUUGCAGGAUUCUCCACUCAUCUCAUGAAGCGUAUCCAGAAAGGACCUGUUCGCGGAAUCUCCCUGAAGCUGCAGGAGGAGGAGCGUGAGCGUCGUAUGGACUUUGUGCCUGAUGUGUCUGCCAUUAGGACCGAGCACAUCGAAGUUGAUAAGGAAACUCUUGAGAUGCUUGCGGCUCUUGGGAUGUCUGAGAUUCCUGGCGUUGUUCAGGUCGAUCCGGUUCCGGUUCAGGCUAUUCCUUUUGCUCGCGGUGGCGCUGGUGCUGGUGCUGCUGGAAGGAGGUUUUGAAUUUAAGCUUUUUCUAAAAUUUUUGUCAUGUUAAGACUAUUAGAUUUGUUUUAAUUUUGAUAAAUGUUACUGUUGAACUGGUUUAAGUUAUUGUAAUGGAAUUUAAAUAUAUAUUUUUUGCUUUUCUGAA